UGUAUCUUCACUUGUAUUCAUGAUUUAUCAAGGUUUUGAAUUAAUUAAACUAGAGUUGACUUUUGGGAAAUUGAUAGUAUGAACUGGUCUCUGUUGUUCACGAUAUCGAAACUUGACUAAAACCUUGGAACUUGGUUUUGGCCUUACUGUUCAUUUAAUGAUAGAGAUGAAAGCAUGAGCGAUGGGUUCACAGUAUUUGUUAUGACGCUUGGUUUUUCGGUAAAGUUUUUGGAAACUGAAAGGGUUUGUUUAGGGUUUAUUGGUUUGUGUCUUUAUAAGUGUUGAGGAUGGCUGUGAUUUUUUUAUUAUCCUUGAAAAGUUAUCUUCUGUCUUCCAUCUAAAACUUUUGUUAGGAAUAUGGCUAAGAGUUCUGGCGAGACUAAGUUCACUUUGAAACUUGUCGUUGAUGAGGAGAACAACAAGGUUGUUUUUGCUGAGGCUUGUAGGGACUUUGUUGAUGUGCUCUUCAGUCUUCUGACACUGCCUAUGGGCACCAUUGUCAGAUUGCUUGAGAAUCAUCGAAAAUCUGAGACUGUCCCUAUUGGUUGUUUUAGCAAUCUCUAUAAAAGUGUCGUGGAUAUGGGCACAGAUGAUUUUGAGACUGAAGCUUGUAAGCAGAUGCUGCUUUAUCCGAGGAGCUUGUGGGAUGUACACUGCAGAAGGCUUAAACUCAACUUACAUCCUACUGAUGGUAUCAAGUUGUUUGUCUGCAGUACUUUCACUAUCUGUAAAAUGUGCAGUUAUUUUAGCACUUCUCGAUGUGGAUGUGGAAUGUUGAUGAACGUAGAGAUCCCGUGUAAUGGAAUAACUGUCGACAAGAACAUACAAGACGGAGUAUUUGUUAGAGGCAGGUCUUCAUUCAUCAUAACUGACGACUUGAAAGUGGCAGUUCGGUCCACUGACCUUGUCUUGAGGAACCUCAAUUCUGUAGGCUGUGGUGAUUUUUCUACGGUUGGGGAAAGGCUCGUCGAUGUCGGUUUUGAUGAGGUCAUGACUCUGUUGGAAUGUAUCUUUUCCUCAAAUGCUCCCUUGACGGACACGUUUUUGAACAGACAAAGUCUCCAAGGUGUGAUGAAGACUUGUGAAACACUAAGUCCAGAUCUGGGGAGAGAAAUAGAUGAAUCAGAAGGAGUAAUAACUUUCAGCGCCAUCGUGAGGAAACAUGACAUGAAGGUUUUAUAUGUUGAAUGUGGAGAAGACUUUGUUGAUCUUUUAUUCUCGUUUCUUGCUGUUCCGCUGGAAUCUGUAAUUAAUGUAUCUGGUGACAGCUCCACUUUUGGGUGCAUUGGAAACCUGUUCAAAAGCUUCAAGGUCUUGAGUGCUACAGAAGUUUCAACAUCCAAAGCCGUGCUCCCUCAUUACUAUACAUGUCAGAAGCAAUUGCUCAAUAUCAUCAUUGAGCAACCUCAGAGCUUUCAUAGAAUCAGCACUAAGGAACCUUUGGCUCUGAUUGAUUCAAAAUCUCAUGGAGGUGAUCAGUCAUCAGGUGGUAGCGGAUUCAUGAAAAGAGACGCAAAGUUUACAGUAUCAGAUGAUCUGAUCAUUACACCGAUGACCUCAAGCUCAGCUAUCUGCAUACUGAAAAAGUUGGAGAGUCGAGCAAAGGAUAUACAGGUGCAAGAAAUACGCAUCAGCAAAAAACAGGUAUAUAUCGAUUGUGGUCAAGAAGAAACAUGUAACGAUUCUCCUAAAUAUUUCGUUUUUUUUUUCUUUAAAUCAGGCAACAAGUUUGUUGAGAGCUUCCUUGGUGACAUCCUCUGCACUGAACGCUGCAUUAUGGAACUCGACUUCGAAGAAACCCAAGCAAGAGACUUGAAGAACCACAUUCUCCAUCUCUUUUACCAUUUCUGCUUGUUUUCUUUUUACCAUUAUUUCCUUGGCUACUAUUGCGAUUAUCUCCUAAAUGCUAGCAACUACAGUUUUAAUUAAAAAAACAUCCUACUUUUUUUGAAAGAAUUAUAAUUCAUGUUAUGUUUAUUUU